GGCCGCCUCGGUGGCGCUGGCCGAGGGAGGGUUGGGCCUUUCUUUUGGUGUUCCUCUGUGCGCGUGGGCUCUGCUCGUCUGUUACGGUCUCCGUAGCCCUCGGGAGCCCAUUAUUCUCUUCCUUGAGGCCGCCGGUUGGGCGGCAGCGGGCAGAGCGAUGGGUACCUCACCCCGGCUCCCCUCCCCCAUGCCCGUUGCCCCGCCCGCCCUGGGCUGGGCGACGGGGUCAGGGGCCGAGCGGAGCUGGUUAUCAUUUAGUAUGGAAGAAGAUGAGUUCUUUGGAGAAAAAACAUUCCAGCAUUGUUGUGCAGAGUUCAUUAGACAUUCACAGCAGAUAGGUGAUGGCUGGGAAUGGAGAACUUUGAAGAAUGCAAGCUUCAUGAGGAAAAGAACCUGUUCACUUUCUGUUCACUACUGUAACCCUGAGGCUGAGUACAAUAUAUUGCAUGAAGACUCUUCUGAAGGCUACAUGUGCAAAACACACUUUCAAAUUAAACCCGAGACUCUGAUGUCACAUUCGGGAGCAUCUGCCUGUGUACAGACAUGUCUUCCCAUUGAGGAGGCUUUAGAACUACCCCUGGAUGAUUCUGAAGUGACUGAGACCACAACGGGAAGCCAAGUGAUUAAAUAUGAAUAUCAUGUUUUAUACUCCUGUAGCUACCAAGUGCCUGUGCUUUACUUUAGGGCAAGCUUUUUAGAUGGAAGACCUUUAGCUCUGAAGGACAUAUGGGAAAGAAUCCACGAGUGCUAUAAGACAAGGCUGCUGCAGGAGCCAUGGGACACUAUUACCCAACAGGAGCAUCCAAUACUUGGGCAGCCUUUUUUUGUACUUCAUCCCUGCAAGACGGAUGAAUUCAUGACUCCUGUGUUAAAGAAUUCUCAAAAAAUCAAUAGGAGUGUCAACUACAUCACAUCUUGGCUGAGCGUUGUAGGGCCAGUUGUUGGGCUAAAUCUACCUCUGAGUUAUGCCAGAGCAGCUUCUGAGGAUGAAUGAAAUGUCCAUCAACAAGGUCCAUACUGAACAUUUUUUAUUUGAUCUAUUCUAUCAAGUUUUACUGCAGUCUUACAUGUUAUAACACCUUUGGGUUCUUAUCCUCUGCUUUUGCUCCUGAGGUGAGGCUUUGCACCCUUUUUCUGAUUAUGCCUUUGCCAGUGACAUUGGAGAACUUUUCUCUAAAAUGGCCCAUUGUUCCAUGAGGUCAGCUGGUACCAUCAAGGCAGAAGGUGAAAUGUACAUUUUGUAAUUUCUGCAGACUGGACAAUCCAUCCACAGAUCCUCCCCACAUUGGAGACAUUUCAUUAAUGAUAUCAAACCAUAGACAACUUCUUGUGACUGUUCUCAACUGUGAUUAAAAUGGACAAUUUUGUAAUAUGUGACAAAAUCUAUUCAUUAUUAUACAGAUUUAAUAGCUGGUUUCUUGUGAAGGAACCCCUUUAAAAGUCUGAAGAAUGUGCAGAACCCAUUUUCAGAAAAAUGUGUGUGUGUGUGUGUGUGUGUGUGUGUGUUUGCAUAUACACACCCACAUAAAUCACACCCACCCCUAAUAUAUAUCAGAAAAUUCUGCACACAGUUGCAGGAGAUUCCUAGACUCUCUAAAAUCUAUGAGACAAAUCCUAGAUCAAGAAACUUGGUCAAUAAAUUGCAUUCACAGUGGCUUCCAUAUUAUAUCCUGAUCAAGAAAAAGAGGAGAAUAGUGACAGAAAGAAAAAAAAAAACCUACUUAAUUAUAAAUAAGAAAAUGUAUAAAAUACAGAAGGAACAAGAUCAACUAUUGUAUAUGGAAUUAAGAGUUUUGGGUAAAAAAAUGGAACUUACGGAGAACCUAAAGAAGGGGAAAGGGUCUUACUACCUACAAAUACACACAAAACAGAGCAUCAAACUAUAUAGAAAAAAUAUAAAGACAUAAUUAAGAUUGGAUAAAUUCACAAAACUGAUGGGGAAAAAAGUGAUAUGACAAAACAACCUAUUUCCUAUUGCUGUUUCCAAAGCAAGUGUUAAUAGACAAAACAUGUUUCAGCAAGUAGUGUUUCUCUCAACUGUUCUCAGCUGUGAUUAAAAUGCAAUGUUACUUAAAAUGUGGCUUACUUUGCCCACUAUUGUACAGAUUUAAACAUUAGCUGACUGAUUAAAAGUGGUAAGGAAGCAUAAUAUAUUCAUAGCAUCUAAACUUACUUGAAAAUUUGGGUAUGCUCCAUAUGUCCUACACUUUUAAUCCAGACACGUAACUUGACCCCUUGUUUUGUUUCUAAUUAACCACAGCAAAAGAGAUUUUAGAAAACUAGACUCUAAAAAACAAAAAACAACAACAACAAAAACCUCGUCGCCAUCAGUAGAGAACAGAAUUCAUGUCAAUAUUAUCACAAAGAACCAAGCAGAUCCUUGGUAGGCAUGUGGAAAGUACUUUUCUGACUGGAAGAUCUGAAAGAGUGAUAUGGGGCCAUCAUUUCCUCCUCCCUUCUGAGGGAGCAGCACUCCUUAGCACUAGAAUUACUGUUCAAAGCUUCAGGUUGUCUGGGAAGCCGAAUGUGUUACAAGGAAGGGAUUCUGAUGGUGCUCAUCAUGUGUGGCUAAAGUUCCAAGGUUCUGUGUGCGAGGGGUCCCCUCAUUUUUGAAGUUACACACCACACAUUAAAGGCUUGAAUGACAACCUGAAUGAGGUGGCCACUGGGUGUGUGCAUAUUUGGAAAUGUUGGUUAUCUGUGGUCAUGAGUCCCUUCAAAUGUGUCACUCUAAAAAUGAUUUUCACCUAAUGAGACAUAAAAUCAUGCGGUUUUAAUGUUUUAAUGCUUUGGUCUAGAACUCCUGUGGUCAUAUUAUCAUGACAAUAAGCUUUAGAAAUCCACUCAUCUUUCUUACAUACUAACAAACAUAACAUCACUUAACCAAAUAAUAUGGACAGUGCUAGAAAGUAAGAAUGCUUAGUACAACCUGCUAAGACAGUCCCUCAACUGUAGUGUCAUAAGAAACGUGAGUUGAAACUUGAAUGAUCCAUUGAAACAGAUUUUAUCGGUUAAAAUAAAGAUUAUACAAGCUGCCGUUAGUGAAAAUUUUAUCUUAAUAUGUAAUUUAUGAUGUCAGUCUCUUUUCUUGACUGUGCAAAGCUAAUAAAGAAACGUUAGCUACUGGGACAACCUUGAAACAGACUGCAGGAGUGUUAUCUACAGCAUGACUGUUAUGACCAAAUCCUGCCACCAGACAUGUUCCUAGAAUGAAACAAAGGGAAUUCAUACAUUUUGUAAUAGGACUGCUUGUUUCAUCACUUUUGAGAUUAGAAAGUUCUUUAUAUACUUUAGAUACAAGUCUUUUGUUGGGUAUAUGAUUUGCAAAUAUUUUUGGCUUGUCUCUGAUAUGUAUUUUCAUCCCUUUUUUUUCUUCUCUUUUUUUGGAGAGGGAGGGAGUGGAGGAGUGGGGGAGGGACAGACAAUGGAGGAGAGAGAAUCUAAGGUAGGAUCCAUGCCCAAUGAAGAGUCCAACACAGGGCUCGAACUCAUGACCGCAAGAUCAUGACCUAAGCCAAAAUCAAGAGUUGGACAUUUAAGCCACCAAAGCGCCCCUGUGUUUCCCUAUUUCCACCCUCUUAACAAGAUCUUUCGCAGAAUAAAAUUUUUAAUUUUGAAAAAGGCCAGUGUAUUCUUUAUUUUUUUCGGUGGAAUGUACUUUUGAUGUAUUGUCUAAGAGCUCUUCACCUAACUGUAAGUCAUUAAGGCUUUUCUUCUACAAGUUUUAGUUUUAUAUUUUAUAUUCAUAUUUUACACUCAUAUAUUAUGACCCAUUUUGAAUUAAUUUCUGUAUAAGGUGUGCAAUUUGAGGUCUGUUCUUUUUUGCAAAUUAAAGUCUAUACUGUAUACUGUAAAAACUAUCCUUCCUCCAUUGAAUUGCUUUUGUAUCUGUGUCAAAAAUCAGUUUGUCUUACCUGUGUCUUUUAAUGGAUUCUAUUUUAGUGAUCUGUGUCUACCUCUUCUCUAAUACCACACCCUCUUGAUUACUGCAGCUAUAAAUUAAAUCUUAAAACCAA